UUCCUCAUCUUCGUCUUUUCCCAUUUCGCUGUAAAUCCCCUACCUCCUCCUCCUCUCUCUCUUUCAACCAGAAGCCGCAGAAGCACCACUUUUUGCCCAUCAACCUUCACAUCUUCAUCUUCUCUCUCUCUCUGAACGCCACAAUCGACAGGUUUUCUGGUUAGAAAAAUGUCAGCGUUGAAAUUGUUCGAGAGUGACGAUGAUACAGAUGAAAUUUCUAAAUUGAAUGUCGAUCAUAAGUAUAAAGCGAGACAUGAAUAUAAUGAAAAAAGAAAAGAUUUAUACAGACUAGAAGAGUUAGAGAGGAAUGAAAUAGUAGAUUGUGAGAGUGAAUCUUCAGAAAGUGAACCUGAAGAGUUUGAUGAUGAUGAUGAUAUAAAGCAGUUAAUGGACGGUCUUGUUAAGGUAAAGAAUCAAGAUCCAAUUAUUAAACAGAAAGAUGCCAAACUCUUUGAAUCCGAAGAUGAUGAGAGUGAAGAGGAGGAGGAUGACAAAAAGGAGAAGAAAUCGAAGCCCAAGUAUUUGAAAGAUGUGAUUGCUGAGAAAUUGUUGGAAGAUGGGGCUGAGGAUGAAGAUGAUGAUACUAGAGUGAGGCCAGGUGGGAAGAGUUAUUAUCAGGAGCAAGAAGAGCGUAGGAAGAAAUUUCUGGAUGUUGCGGAGCGGGAGUUUGAUGAUGAUGAUGAUGAGGAUUUACUUAAGGUGAAGAAGAGGGGGGAAGAGGAGGAGGAUGGAGAGAAUGAGGAGAUUAAGAAGAAAUGUGAUGAUUAUUUUGGGAACGAUGAGGGUUUAGAUGAGAAUGAGAAGUUCUUGAAGAAUUUUAUUGUGAAGAAAAUGUGGGUGGAUAAGGAUAAGGAUAAGGGAAAGAGACCACAAAUUGAUGAUUUGGAAGUUCUUUCGGAAGAUGAUGAGGAGGUGUGGGAUCAACUGGAUUAUGAAAGGAGCUUCAAUUUCCGGUAUGAAGAAGGUACCGGGGAUAGGAUUUUGGGUCAUUCGAGGGUUAUUGACGGCGCAGUUAGGAAGAAGGUGAAUCGCAGAGAAGAGCAAAGGAAGCGUAGGGAGGAUAGAAUGGCUGAAGCUAAUAAAAGGAAUAGAGAGGAACUGAAGCAUUUGAAGAAUUUAAAGAAGAAAGAGAUUAUGGAGAAACUUGACAAGAUACGGGCUAUUGGUGGUUUGACGGAGGGUGAAGCUUGCGCACUUGAUCUGGAUGAUUUAGAAGAUGAUUUCGAUCCUGAGGAAUAUGAUAAGAAGAUGAAGAAAACCUUUAAUGAUGAUUACUAUAAUGCGGAAGAUGCAGAUUUUGGGAACGAAGAGGAUGAUGAAGAUGGCGAUAUUGAGAAGCCUGAUUUUGAUAAAGAAGAUGAAUUGCUUGGACUACCGAAAGAUUGGGAUGUAUGUGGAACUGGUGAUGGUUUUGCAGCAGUCAGGGAAAGAGUUUUAAAAUCUAAGGCAGGUAUAGAAGAUGUUGAGGAUGAGGAGCAUGAUGAUGAUGAGGAUGAUGAGGGUGAGGAGCAUGGUGAUGAUGAUGAUGAUGCUGGCGACGACGACGGCAACGAGAGUGAUCCGGAAGAGGAAGAGAAGCCAGAAGAAGGUAAAAGAAAGAGGAAACGUAAACUUUCUUUACGGGAGAAGCUUGCCCUUGAUAAAGACCUGAAUGAGUACUAUAAGUUGGAUUAUGAAGAUACAAUUGGAGACCUUAAGACACGAUUCAAGUAUGCACAAGUUCCACCUCUAAGAUUCGGAUUGAGUGGUAAGGAGAUCAUUUAUAUGGACGACAAAGAGUUGAAUCAGUAUGUACCUCUGAAAAAGAUUGCGCCUUAUACUGAAGUUGAAUGGAAGGUCCCAAAGAAGUUGAGGAACCAACUGAAAAUUAAAAAUAAGUUAAUGGAACAAGAAGCUUUAUCCAAACAUGAGAAGCGUCCUAAGACUCAUGGCUUGAAGGGGUCAAGGACUGUGGAACCAGUUGCCGAGGAGGAAAAGAUAGUCCAAGAGGAGAAAGUAAAUGGUGAUGCGGGUGAACUCUCUAGGAAGCAGAAGAGAAAAAUUAGGCAGCAAGAAGUUAAACCCUCUAAACAAAGACUCGCAACAUAUGGAGUUGGCGAUCCUAAACCUAAGAAGAAAAAGAUCUGAUUUAGUGAUGUUUGUAGGGUACAGCGAGGAGAGGAGAUAGUUGAUAGAGACAACUUCAGGUCGUGGGUGUAGAACCUAAAUGUUGUAUCAUUCCACUAAAGAGGCAUCUACCCUUUACUAGUGCAUUCCAUUGUUAUGUUUGGCAGCUGAAGUUCUUGUUUCGACUGUCCCAUGCAACAGAAUAUACGCGAAAAUAUUGGCUGUAGUUGCUGAAGCUUGAGGUAACAUUGAAGAUAGGUUCAUCGUACUGCAUUAUCAUCGCUCUUUCUGGGUUACAAGUACGAACUGGUGGACACACUGGCUUUGUUUUUAAUUCAUUGUUAAUGUUCGUGUAAACUGCUGAGGAAUUCAAUUUAGUUUGCUAGGCCUAGUACUCUUUUUGUCCUGCAGAUUUUUUCUUUUAUCUCAGGAGAUUCAGUUUUCUUUAUACCAAGUUCUACUCAUUAUUCUUUAUAGCUGAGACAAUAAUUCGUUACUUGGAGAGCUCUAGCUUUGGUUCUGUUUA